GGUUAAGUUACAACAGUUGGAAUCUUCCUGUGCAGACCAAGAAAAGGAACUUGCCAAGCGGAGAAGAUGGAAGACUCCACUUUGGUUUCCAGAUAAUGGAAGACUAUGUGUUUGUGUCUCAGCUCUGCGAAGAUCAAGCUAUCUGCAUAAAGAAGUACCAGGAAGCAUUGAAGAGGAUAGAAGAAGAGCUGGAGACUGGAUUCCUUGAGAGAGAAGUAUCAAAAGUCUUAAGCAUGGAUUCUGAGAGAGAAAAGAGUAACAGCCUAAAUAAUAAGGAUGAUUCCAUCACCAAAAAGGCAUCAAGGUUCAGUAAAAGGAUUUUCCGCUCCCUCUUUUUUACCACACUAUUUUUCAUCAGAUUGCUGGGGUACCUGAUCUUCCAUUUAAGCUUUAUAAAUCCCGACCUCCUCAUCAACGCGCUGCCCAAGAUUCUGAGCAGGGACGUCUUAUGGAAGCUGCGAUGCUUCCUCUUCCCAUCGCUCACACUUGAGACCGAAGACAUGUUACCCCACUGACCCCAAGCCGUGUCUGUGGUCAGCAGAAGGCAAGAGGGACAUCGAUGGGAGGUGGCCAAACCCGUGGAGGGUAGAGGUAUGCCUCGUUUUUUCCCUCGAGAUUGGGACCAUGGUGCCCAUUUGUCUCCAUGUCACUUUUCCAAGAUUAACCUUGCCCAGUAAAGAACUCUGUCAGUGAG